CGUUCCUGCCGCGCCCAUCGCGUCAUAUUCCGCACACGCCCACCUCCAAAAAUGGCUCUCACCAUGUCCAACGCCCUCGUCGGCACCGGCCUCGUCGCCAAGCCCGCCGUCCGCUCCGUGCAGGCGCGCGCGGGUCUCAAGGUCUUCGCCCGCAUGACCAAGGAUCGCGUUUCGCUCAAGAAGGACACCAAGCUCGGCAAGUCCCGCAUCGAGAUCUACCCGGAGUGGGGCGAGUUCCCAUCCUCCGAGCGCACCUCCCCGCUCACGUCGCUCACCUACGACGAGUACAAGAACAACGUCUCCACCGAGAUCAUCCACGGCCGCUUCGCCAUGCUCGGCGUGACCGGCGCGUGGGCGCAGGAGAACCUCACCGGCAUCCCCUGGUUCAUGGCUGGCCAGGAGUGCACCUUUGACAACUGCUCCAUCUCUUACCUCAACCAGUCCUUCACCCCAUCCUACGACGGCGCCCUCCUCGGCCUCAUCUUCCUCGAGGUGCUGCUCAUGGGCUACGCCGAGGGCACCCGCACCGGGCUCAUCGAGAACCCCUUCGACGACGUCGUCGCGGGCUCCGUCUUCCCCGGCGGACGCUUCGAUCCCCUCAACUUCUCCGACGGCAAGGAGGCUAACUUUUUCGGCGACGACCUCGACACGCUGAAGAUCAAGGAGCUCAAGCACUGCCGCCUGGCGAUGCUCGCGUGGCUCGGCAUCCUCGCGCAGAGCGUGUCCACCAACCCGGAGGGUACGGAGAUCGGACCCGUCGCCAACUGGUCCGCGCACGUCGCGGACGUCGUUCACUGCAACGUGGUCGACCGCUCCGGCUGCGUCUUCUAAACGACCGCGCGCCAUGUUGUGCUUGAAGACGCGUUUGGUUUUUCCGAAGGCUUGAUUUGAUUGAUUGAGACGAUGAGUACGUACGGGGAUGGACGGCGGCGAGCGCGCACCGUCCGAGGUGGCCUCUCCCGAUGCGCGCGGAAAGUCCCGCUGGACGGGUCGCGGGGAAUGGCGGGGAAGGGCAACCUCGUAGCAAAGCGUAGCGCUUAGAAGCAAUGUGCCAAAAAAAACGUUCAUUGCCCUCACCGC